GACAUCAUCUUGAAACGGGCAGCCGAUAUCGCCGAAGCUUUGUAUAGCGUCCCGCGCAACCCUAACCAGCUGACGUCCCUGGCCGGGAACCAUGGGCACUCGGGCAUGAUGAGCGUCAACUCCUUUGGGAGCCAGCUGGCCAUCAACAUCAGCGAGUCCACCCAGGGCUCGGAACAAGGAUACCCGCGCAGCGCAAGCAGCGUCUCACCCCGGGGCUACGUGCCCAGCUCAACCCCGCAGCAGAGCAACUACAACACAAUCACGUCCAGCAUGAAUGGUUACGCGGGGGCCGCCAUGACUGGCCUUGGGGUGCCAGGCUCGCCCAGUUUCCUCAACGGCUCCACUGCCAACUCCCCCU